GCCCCGCUGGUGAGACAGUUCAGUCACCGAGACACCAUGCUGCUGUUUUUGCUCGCCUCUCUGCUUUGUUUCCUCAGAGUUUGCGAUGGAAACCCACAUCUGGCUGACAUUGAGCAGGAUUCAGGCAAUUUCUUUGGAAAUUUUGAGCUCGCAGGCGUUCGCUCCUUCAUGCCCGAGAAGGAGGUUGAGACCCGGAUCAUAGGUGGCCAAGAAGCCUGGGCACACUCUUGGCCUUGGCAGGUGUCACUGACUUUCUCUGGCAUGCCUGCCUGCGGUGGCGCUGUCAUCUCACCGCUCUGGGUCCUGUCAGCCGCGCACUGCUUCAAAAAGUACAACAAAGCUUCCUUCUGGAUGGUGAAAGCCGGAAAACACGACCUGGACAAUCCAGAUGAGGUGGGACAGCAGGUGGUUGGGGUCGCGGCACUCAUCAGCCACCCCAGAUAUGACACCAAAACCAAAGAGCGCGACAUUGCACUGCUCAAGCUGAAAAAAACGCUGAUCUUCAACCAGUUUGUCCGACCCAUCAAAAUCUGGACGUCCCCAGUGGACCAUUUCAAGAAGUGCACCACCACCGGCUGGGGCGCCACCCGCGAGAAUGGACCUCGAGUGACCCGUCUGCAGGAGGUGAACGUUACCAUUCUGUCCUCGGACGUCUGUAACAAGUACUAUUCUGGCAGGAUCAGGAGGUCGAUGUUCUGCGCUGGGAAAGAAGGCGGCGGCUCCGACGCCUGCCAGGGUGACUCUGGAGGGCCGUUGUCAUGCUUCACUGAAGAACACUUCCAACUGGCUGGACUGGUGAGCUGGGGCGUUGGGUGUGGACGAGCCAAGAAACCAGGGGUAUACACCAAGAUGCAGCCACUCGUGGAGUGGAUGUCCGACACCAUCCACGAUCAGGACAGAGUUUACGAAGACUCUCCAACUAUAGAGGACAGAUGUGGGCAGCAGACCAGCUCCAAGUGCAAGACCACUCCCAUGCUGGCCGUGAUUUCUGGGCAUGGCGACAGCGUUGUGGAGAACGUCACGGAGCCCUGCCCUUACUUCUGGCCCUGGCAGGUCAGUCUACAGUCCAAUGGGCACCACUACUGCAGCGGGACGCUCAUUCACAGACGCUGGGUGCUGACCGCACGCCACUGCAAUGUCAGGCCUCGAGAGGACGUGGUGGUUUUGGGAGCCCAUGAUCUCCGCUUCCCCUCCUCUCAGAGAAUACCAGUGGAUGAAGUCUUCAACCCUGUCCAAGACCACAGUUUCCCUCCGAGAUCAGAUCUGUCUCUUGUCAAACUCAGCAUACCAGCCAGAAUUGGCCCCACUGUGUCCCCAGUUUGUGUCCCUGAAGAGGACGAGGAGCUUGACAGCACCUGGGAAUGUAUAACCACGGGAUGGGGGGCUGUCAAAGGAUCAGCGGCUGUCGGCCCUGAACGCAUCCAUCAUGCUCGGGUAAAUCUGGUCAACCGGACCAGCUGCAUGGAGGCAUGGGGACGUGAUGUCAUCAGUGACACUCACUUGUGUGUUUCUCCUGGAGCUGCAGCAGGCUGCAUGGGAGACUCGGCUGCGCCCCUGCUGUGUCGAAAACGUGGCCGUUACUUCCUGUUCGGCCUCCUGACGUGGGGAAGUUGGCGGUGCGAUGCAGACAAACCUGCCGUUUUCUCCAGCAUCCCAGACUAUCACCCCUGGAUUGACGAAGUGACGGAAGAUAUCUGA